AUGGUGAAAAAAGCGGCCAACGGUGAAGUUUAUCUCCUCUCGGCAGGGGAGAAGAAACUUAAAGUCGGUUUUGUGGGACUGGACUCCGGGGCUGUGGAGACGAGCCGAGACGGGGCAUUUCUUAUCGCCGGUUCCGAGAACAUAAACCGAGGCAGCAUCCUGUACAGACCGCGGUCCAGCAUCUCCAGGGGGAGCAAAGCUCGCAAAAGAAACGCACGCUAUCGCAGACUACAAAAUUUCCUUUACAAUGCGUUGGAAAGACCCCGUGGCCUGGCGUUCGUUUACCACGCUUAUGUAUUUCUGUUGGUGUUUUCCUGCCUGGUUUUGUCUGUGUUCGCAACGAUCAAAGAAUUCAAGAAAAGCUCAGAGAGUGCCUUGUACAUCCUGGAAAUUGUGACGAUUGUGGUGUUUGGUGUGGAGUAUAUUGUGAGGAUAUGGGCAGCCGGAUGUUGCUGUCGCUACAGAGGAUGGAGAGGAAGGCUGAGAUUUGCACGCAAACCCUUCAGUGUCAUCGAUAUCAUGGUCUUGUUUGCCUCAGUGUCUGUGUUGGCCGCUGGCUCACAGGGGAAUGUUUUUGCCACCUCUGCCAUUCGGAGUUUGAGGUUUCUUCAGAUCCUGCGAAUGUUGCGAAUGGACCGCCGUGGUGGCACAUGGAAGCUGCUGGGAUCUGUGGUAUAUGCCCACAGCAAGGAACUCAUUACUGCAUGGUAUAUUGGAUUCCUGUGUCUUAUUCUGGCAUCUUUCUUGGUGUAUUCAGUGGAGAAGGAUGACAAUGCAGCGAUGUUCGAGACCUAUGCAGACGCCCUCUGGUGGGGGUUGAUCACUCUUACAACUAUUGGUUAUGGGGACAAGUAUCCUGUCACAUGGAAUGGACGUUUGAUUGCUGCCACCUUCAGUUUGAUCGGUGUAGCAUUUUUUGCUCUUCCUGCAGGUAUCCUGGGCUCAGGUUUUGCUCUUAAGGUUCAAGAGCAGCACAGACAGAAACAUUUUGAGAAGCGACGUAACCCUGCUGCAGGCCUUAUCCAGGCUUCUUGGAGAUUUUAUGCCACAAACCUUGCACGAACAGACCUACUGUCAACAUGGGACUUUUAUGAGCAGACUGUUUCAGUCCCAACGUACAGACUCAUCCCUCCUGUAAAUCAACUGGACAUUUUAAGAAGCCUGAAGGGGAAAUCUGGUUUCAGGAAGGAUUCCCAGCCAGACACCAUUCUAAGUCGUAAGCCCAGCUUUAAAGAGAAAGGCUAUCCCAGCCCCUCUAAGAGCAUCGGAGGGAAGGACGGCAAGGUCUUUAAGGCAGAGGAGGAUGUCAAAGAGAGUCCAAGCAAAGUGACCAAGAGCUGGAGCUUCACAGACCGGAACCGACAAAAACAAGCCUUCAAAAUGAAAGAGGGAGCUUCACGGCAGAACUCUGAAGUGCGGACUGAGUUGCAAGACGAAGACUUCGGUAUGAAGAGAUCUCCAGCGAUUGAGGGCUUAAUCAAGGCAAGUCUUCCAGAGGAGAUUGGGGAUGACAGGGGCUUCAACUGCGAUUUUGUGCCAGAUCUGUCUCCUGGACUCAAGGUCACCAUCAGAGCAAUCUGUGUCAUGCGUUUCCUGGUGUCUAAGAGGAGAUUUAAGGAGAGCCUCAGGCCCUAUGAUGUGAUGGACGUGAUAGAGCAGUAUUCAGCAGGCCAUCUAGACAUGCUGUCACGCAUCAAAAACCUUCAAUCCAGGAUAGAUUUGAUUGUGGGUCCCCCUCCCCCCUCAACCCCUCGUCACAAGAAAGUGGAUCAGAUUGUGGGAAAAGGAGCCACAGCAGGAGAAAAGGACAAACCUAAGAGUGAUUCAGAGAUGACUGAAGACCUUAGUAUGAUGGGACGUCUGACCAAGAUGGAAAAACAGGUGGGGGCAGUGGACCUUAAACUCAACUUUUUGGUCAGUGUGUACACCACACAUAUGGGCAUCCCACGUUCUGAGACCGAGGCCCUUCUGGGAUGUAAAAUGUCUUACCCAGCACCUCCCUACCUCAGCCCAGAUGACAAGAGUGAGAAAGCACCGAAUGACCAAGAGGAGGAGAAUAAUAAUAAGAGCUUGUCCCCUGUCAAACCCAGCCUAAUUAGGACCCCAACUGACAGCCAGUGUCGACCCUCUACCUCAUGGCACCAGCGGGAAGAGCUUCCUCUCAAUGUGCCUCUCUGGAACAACAGCCGAGGAGUGUCACCGAUAGGCACUGAUGACCCAUCGCUGUACCGCAUCCCACCUCCACCUUUCCAUGAGAGCACGGACAACAGCCGCUCCCAUAGGCCCAGGAGACUGAGGCAGCAGGUGGUCAUUGAAAGUGACACAUCCCUCUCCAUUCCCUCAGUGGACCAUGAAGAACUAGAGCAUUCAUUUAGUGGUUUCAGCAUUUCUCAGGCCAGGGAGGAGGAUUACGUUCCUCCUGUGAGUCUGGGGCAGUUUGGGGGAGGUGGAGGGGGAGUGCUGUGCACCCCUCGCAGGCCGUACCUGGCUGAAGGAGAGUCAGAUACAGACUCUGACCUGUAUACACCUGGAGCACCGUCCCCUUUGUCUUUUACUGGGGAGGGUCCCUUUGGUGACAGGGUAAGGCCUGGUCUGAAUUAGUCUUGAGCUUUAUAG